CCCUCUGUGUCCCCUUCGUCAACAAGCACAGAGACAUACACACCGAAUGGCUGCUCCUUCGCUCUCCCAAGCCUCUCUGGUUCAGCCGAAGCCUUCUUCCUCCUUCAUAGCCCGCCAAACCCCCCGCCUAUUUUCCCCCCAACACCUUUCUACUCGCUCUUCAUGUGCUUUCCUUGUCAACAGACGAAAUGGGUUCGUCGCAAAAGCUUCAUUGGCGGCCGUGACCACCCAAUCAAGCUCCAACUCCCCGGUUCCCAGCAAAAAGUCCACCAGCCCCAUCAUCGUCAUCGACAACUACGACAGCUUCACCUACAACCUCUGCCAGUAUGUGGGAGAGAUAGGAUGUUACUUUGAAGUUUACCGGAAUGAUGAAGUAACAGUGGAGGACUUGAAAAGGAUGAAUCCUAGAGGAGUCCUGAUAUCCCCAGGGCCAGGUACCCCCCAAGAUUCUGGGAUUUCGUUGCAAACUGUACUGGAACUUGGACCUACCAUACCUCUAUUUGGCGUGUGCAUGGGUUUGCAGUGCAUUGGAGAGGCAUUUGGAGGGAAGAUUGUGCGUGCUCCUUCUGGUGUCAUGCAUGGAAAGAGUUCUCUCGUACAUUAUGAUGAGAAGGGGGAAGAAAGCUUGUUCAUUGGGUUAUCAAACCCAUUCACUGCUGGUAGAUAUCACAGCCUUGUGAUUGAGAAGGAAAGUUUUCCUGAUGAUGAACUUGAGAUUACCGCUUGGACAGAGGAUGGACUGAUAAUGGCUGCUCGUCACAAGAAAUAUAAGCAUCUACAGGGGGUUCAGUUCCAUCCAGAAAGCAUUAUAAGCACCCAAGGCAAGAUAAUUGUCCGCAAUUUUGUGAAACUGAUAGAAAAAAAGGAAGCGGAAUCUAAGAAUUGAGGGUGUUGGAUGUCACAGACAAAGAGUACUUGAGCCAUGUAAUAUAUCAUCAUAUGCAAUAAGACUAAAAAGUGCAGUUUCUGUACUUUAUUUUC